AUCUUUUAAAGCAAAACCAGGAGUGGAAAAUACUCUUCCACGGUGACACAUAAUCCAAACUAAACCGUCUUUGAGGCACGCAUUUCGAAAAAGAUUGAUCUCUCUUCCCAUGUCAAAAUGCACGUGUCAUCUGUUUCUAAUAGUCCGCUUCAAUAAAACGCGUCAUUAGAGAUGAUUUAAUUCGGAAUUUUCGCUUCCUUCAGAAUUUGAACUUGAAUAACACGGAAGCAAAAUUGAAUAUCCUGCUAAGUGGCUCUUAAAUUGCAUAACUAAUUUUCUUCCACAAUGACGCUGCUUACGUAAUUUCAUGAAGGUCUAUUAAAUGGUUAUAUCAACAGUUUUUAUUAGUUAGUUGACAACUUGGCAGUGAAAGUGUUGUCAACUAACAUAGUUCAUGACGCAUAUAACAGAUGUGAAUUUAAUGAUAUUUAACUAUUACUAAAACAUAUAUAAACUACGACUAAUGACUUACUUGAAAUUUAUUUAAAAACUUAUUUAAAAGAUUUACUUAGAAAAGCAAUUAACAUGUGGUGUUGUUUGAGAAGUGCUUGGGUGAUUAGUUUAGUGGUUGCUUUGGUGCCCAGUUAUGUGAUGAGCAAUACGAGACGGAGAUCAAAUCGGCGAGCAGUUUCUAGGAGCAUUAAAGAAGGGUCUCUUAAACUCGUUGGUGGGGCAGCAACCAAUGAAGGCAAUGUGGAGAUCUUCCAUAUUGGACAGUGGGGAUCAAUCUGUGACGAUGAGUGGGAUUUGAGAGAAGCAAACAUUGUUUGUAAGACAUUGGGAUUUCCAAAAGCUCUAACUGCUACACUGAACUCAGAAUAUGGAAGAUCAAGGCGGAAAAUUUGGAUGGACAAUAUAUACUGCCAAGGAAAUGAGAAGAAACUGGAAAAUUGCAGAUUUGACGGUUGGGGUACUCAUGACUGUUCUUUAGCAGAAGCUGCUGGUGUUGUAUGUGACACCAAUGGCAAAAACAGCAGUAAAAUUCAGAGUUUUACAGCACAAACUGAAGCCACAAUAAAGCCAAAAUUAAAGAACCAUAAUGAAAAAGACUUGGAAGUUCGUAUACUCGGUGGUCGAUCUACUAAUGAAGGGAGAGUGGAAGUUCGAUUUGGCAAAAGCAAAUGGGGUCUUGUUUGCGGGGACGGUUGGAGUCUGCUGGAAGCUAAUGUGAUUUGUAAACAAUUGAAUUUAGGAUUCGGGCAAAAUGCAGUGCAGAGUGCAUUCUUUGGUGGACAUCACGAAAAUAUUGUUAUCAGUGGAAUCAAAUGCACUGGAAGAGAGUCAAAUAUAUCGGAGUGUUCGUAUGAAAAUUUUGGUCAAGUUGAAUGUCCAAGGAAGGAUGACAAUAUUGCUGGAGUUAUAUGUGCCACUGAGCUGCCAGAUUUAGUGCCAGAUGAGGUUGAAGUCGAACGUUCGGCCUACUUAGAAGAUCGGCAGCUUUUAUUUUUACAGUGUGCAAUGGAAGAAAACUGUUUAUCCUCAGAAGCUUAUAAGUUAGAUAAAAAUGACUAUGGUUGGCUUUAUGAACAACGGAGGCUAUUAAGAUUUACUGCAAGAAUAGGAAAUAUUGGUACAACAGAUUUCCGGCCUUUCCUGCCAAAGCAUGCAUGGGAAUGGCAUAUGUGCCAUCUGCAUUACCAUAGCAUGGAAGUAUUUGCACACUUUGAUAUCAUAGAUAUGAAGGGUGUAAAAGUUGCAGAGGGACACAAGGCUAGUUUCUGUUUAGAGGACAAUAACUGCAUUUCAGGAGUAGAGAAAAAAUAUGCUUGUGCUAACUAUGGUGACCAAGGCAUAUCAGUUGGGUGUACAGAUACAUACCUGCAUAACAUUGACUGUCAAUGGAUUGAUAUAACAGAGUUACCACCAGGAAUAUAUAAUUUCAAGGUAUCUAUUAAUCCUGAAUUCAAAGUGGCUGAACUUAACUAUGACAAUAAUGCAGCAGUCUGCACGUUAUAUUAUACAGCAAUUUCAGCAAGACUCGUUAACUGUACUUUGCAGAGACCGUAAGAGUAACCAUCUUAUAAAUGUACAUAUAGGACUAUUUUAAUAAAAAUUUCAAUAAAACUCA